GUGAGAGUGUGUGUGUGUGAGAGUGUGUGUGUGAGAGUGAGAGUGAGAGAGAGAGAGAGAGAGAGAGAGAGAGAGAAUGUAUGUAUGUAUGUAUGUAUGUAUGUAUGUAUGUAUGUGAGACGCCAUCAUGGCAGUCAGGUGGGGAAUCUGCAGCGCUGGGAAAAUCAGCCACGACUUCACAGUAGCGUUGAAGACUCUUCCUCCUGAAGACCACCAGAUACGGCAUUAUGUUCAGCAGGAUUUUCCUGACUAUAAGAUUCAGCAGGAAGAACAUCGUUUUUAUACGUUAGUGCGUCAAGCGCCGGAUGCUAGGCAUGUGGUUUCACAAUUUGUGUCCCUGUUCUCUUCACAGGUAGUUGCUGUGGUAGAAUGUCAAAGCAAUGACUCAAAGCAAGCUGAAGAAUUCGCUCAGAAACACGGCAUCCCUAAAGUCUACAGCAGCUAUGAGGAACUGGCCAAAGAUCCCGACAUCGAUGUGGUAUACGUGGGCAUCAUCCACCCUUAUCAUCACCCGGUAGGCCUCAUCUUCCUCAGUGCUAAGAAAAAUGUUCUGUGUGAGAAACCUCUAGCCAUGAAUCUGAGAGAAGUGAAGGAGCUCGUGGCCACAGCUAAGGCGAAUGACGUCUUCUUGAUGGAAGCUGUGUGGACGCGGUUCUUUCCCGUCUCCAUGGAGAUCUCCAGGUUGCUGGGGAGGGAAGCGGUAGGGGAGGUGAAGCUGGUGAGAGCGGACUUCGGGGCGUCUCAGAAGAACAUCCCUCGCUGUGUGGAGAAGGAGCUGGGAGGAGGCGCACUGCUCGAUAUCGGUAUCUACUGCCUGCAGUUUGUCCUCAUGGUGUACGACGGAGAGAAACCCGAGAGCGUCCAGGCUACUGGAGUCUGUCUGGACACAGGAGUGGACGAGAGCAUGGUGGUCACGCUGAAGUUCUCUCGGGGAAGAUUAGCGGUCUGCACCUGCACGAUAGCUAUGGAUCUCCCGAAAGAAGCCGUUGUCUUAGGGACUAAAGGAACCAUCAGAGUUCCUGCUCAUAUGUGGUCUCCAACAUCACUGAUUGUAAAUGGGAAAGAGACUCAGUACCCAGUACCUGAACCGUACCUGCCUCUCAACUUCAUCAACAGCACCGGUUUGAGAUACGAGGCUGAGGAAGUGAGACAGUGUCUCCUUAAAGGACUGAAGGAGAGUUCUCGGAUGUCUCACUCGGACUCGGCUCUACUGGCUGAGAUAAUGGAUGAAUGCAGGAGGCAAGUCGGAGUAGUGUACAGCCAAGACCACCAGUAACCUUAUACCUCUUACAGUGAGGGAAAAAAUUAUUUGAUCCCCUGCUGAUUUUGUACGUUUGCCCACUGACAAAGAAAUGAUCAGUCUGUAAUUUUAAUGGUAGGUGUAUUUGAACAGUGAGAGACAGAAUAACAACAAAAAAAUCCAGAAAAACACAUUUCAAAAAAGUUAUACAUUGAUUUGCAUUUUAUUGAGUGAAAUAAGUAUUUGACUCCUUUGCAAAACAUGACUUAGUACUUGGUGGCAAACCCUUGUUGGCAAUCACAGACGUCAGACAUUUCUUGUAGUUGGCCACCAGGUUUGCACACAUCUCACAUCUCAAGGAAUUUGGGCCCACUCCUCUUUGCAGAUCUUCUCCAAGUCAUUAAGGUUUUGUGGCUGACCCUUCAGCUCCCUCCACAGAUUUUCUAUGGGAUUAAGGUCUGGAGACUGGCUAGGCCACUACAGGACCUUAAUGUGCUUCUUUUUGAACCACUCCUUUGUUGCCUUUGCCAUGUGUUUUGGGUCAUUGUCAGGCUGGAAUAUCCAUCCACUACCCAUUUUCAAUGCCCUGGCUGAGGGAAGGAGGUUCUCACUCGAGAUUUGACUGUACUGGGCUGAUUCCUUGCCGUUCUCAUGAUCAUGGAGGUGAGAUCUUGCAUGGAGCCCCAGACCGAGGAAGAUUGACAGUCCUUUUGUGUUUCUUCCAUUUGGGAAUAAUCACACCAACUGUUGUCACCUUCUCACCAAGCUGCUUGGCGAUGGUCGUGUAGCUCAUUCCAGCCUUGUGUAGGUCUACAAUCUUGUCCCUGACAUCCAUGGACAGCUCUUUGGUCUUGGCCAUGAUGGAGAGUUUGGAAUCUGAUUGAUUGCUUCCUUCGGUGGACAAGUGUCUUUCAUACAGUUAAGGAGCUGAGAUUAAGAGCGCUCCCCGAGAGUGCUCCUACUGUAAUCUCAGCUCCUUACCUGUAUAAAAGACACCUGGGAGCCAGAAAUCUUUCUGAUUGAUAGGGGAUCAAAUACUUAUUUCACUCAUUAAAAUGCAAAUCAGUGUAGAACUUUUCUAAAAUGUGUUUUUCUGGAUUUUUUUGUUGUUAUUCUGCCUCUCACUGUUCAAAUACACCUACCAUUAAAAUUACAGACUGAUCAUUUCUUUGUCAGUGGGCAAAAAUACAAAAUCAGCAGGGGAUCAAAUAAUUUUUCCCCCCUCACUAUAUGAUGCUGUGCCAGUAGUUUACUUCACUUCACAUCAAUACAAAAUAAAUGUUUUUGCCCCUCAUGACUAUAUAAAUUGAUUCCUUAAUUAACUGGGAUGGUAACCAAUUAUUUUCCAGGCUACAUACACAUGCUCAAUUUUAAUACUUAACUGUAAUAAGAACAGAGAGUCAUGACAGGUGCUCUUCUCUUUAAUGAACUGAACCAGUCUUGGACAAUGCAACAGAGUAAAGUUGAUAUCACAAUACAUAUACUUUAAAUCCUAGGUUCACAAUCAGAAGCGUGUGGAUAUGAGACGCUCGGUACACGUAGUUGCUGCGAGAACGAAACGCGAGCACGAAAGAGUAGAGCCUGGGAGGAAGUGUGAUUUGGUGCGAACUUUAAUUUCUCUUCUUCUUGAUUCUUUUUGGAGACUGAAUGAACAGGGUAACACUAACAACAACAGCAUCUGACUCCAUUUCUCAGAUUAGGAGAAAAAAUAUAAUAUAUAAUAUAUUAUGAAGUGCUGGUUUCCCCCAACACCCUAACAUCUCAAUGUCAAGUAUAAUACAGGAUGUAACAUUGCCUACAGUAGCAGUGGGAGUGCAGUGCAGAAGAGGGAGAAGGAAAAGGAAAAAAAAACCCCACACAGAUUAAUAAAAAUGUCCAGAGAGAAAAACCACACUUGCAAAUACAUUCCUUUACACUUGGUCACAGUGAAAGAAGGUGGAGAAGCGAGAGCUGCUAGCGUACCCUUCUUUUGCUUCAGCACAUCUCUGUUGGUUCUGCAGCCAAUGGGAAUGUUCUCGAAGAAUACCGAGUGCAUGUGGAGUACUGCAGCUCUGACCUACGCCCUCCAUCACCCUGCGGUCUGACUGACAGACAGACAGCCGCCUGACUCGUGAAAGAAAUAAUACGUUGCAGUUUGUAAAUGAAAAGGACUAAGGAUUGACACACGUGCCCAAAAAAAAAAUUAGCAUAUAGGAAGCAAGAAUACUAGACUGGGAUUAGACAAGAUGUGGUCAACAACUGGCCUUUUACAGGUGAAGCCCAGCCUGGGAAACCUUGCUAACUCUAAUGCCAGUCUGCUAGAAGUGCUUGAAUGAUAAAGGAGCAGGAAAAAGGUAAGAAUGACUGGAAUGAAGAGGAGUGGAGGUCUACUGCACUGGAACCACGCGCAUGGUGUUGGUGUAACCGGAGCCGGGACGCCAGCCGGUCAGCACGAUAACGACAUUGCCGGGCUUGAAGAAUCCUCGAGCCUUGCCUAAAUAACACAGAUUUGGGGGUGGGGGUGUCAGUGUUCGAGCAGGAAGCAUAAAAGAAAUUGUAUGCAUCUGUAGAAUUUAUAAUUUAAAUGAUAAACCAGUCUUCUAGUGUCCUCUUACCGACAUCCAUGGCAAAGUUGACUCUGAGGUCAACAUCCUCGGCCCAGACAUCGUGAGCGGGUUUGUUGUAAAACACAGGGAAGAUGCCGCGGUACAAAUGUGCCUGGCGGGCCGUCUGCCCAUUACGCGUCACCGCGAUGAUGGGGGCACGGGGGCGGUACCGGGAAAGCAAGUGAGCAGACCUGCAAAUGAACAGAAUGGUCAGUGGUGGCCAUGAGUAAUAAUUUAAAGGUGAAUAAAAUAAUGCAAAAAAAAAAAAAA